AUGUUUCGUCGACACUGGUCAGGUCUGCCGAAAGACGCGUACUUCCCCUACGACUUGAAAGAGCUUGGAUACUUCGUCAACGAAGAUGACGAGGUCCGCUCGCUUGCGAAUCCAGACUUUUACUUCAAGUACUUCCUUGACCGAAACGAGCGCAUCAACUUUCGCCAGCGCUUUUGCAUGGACUACGCUCUUCAGAAGAUCGUCCACGAACGCCUGGAGGAUGAAGGCCUCGUCAAGGUUCCUCUCCCGCUUGGUACGCCGUCCACUGAGAAACACAUCCCCAUCUUCGCGGAGAAAAGUCUUUCGAAAAAGUCCCGCGUCGUGAUCAUAUUUGGCGAAUGCACCAAGGUACUCGGUUGGGUUGCGGGGCGGGUCAUCACCGGCGAAGGAGGCAUCGACAAGGGCAGCAUGGUCCGCGUGAUCAAGGCAGUCCACGAGCAGGCAAGCACCGCUACGGAUGAGGGCCCUCCUGGAGUUGUCCUCGCCAAUGUCGGGGAGUGUUGGUGGUGGCCUGAGGAGAAGAGGGCUCUGACUGUCACAUCGAGCUUCAAUGUUCCCAUGCCCAGCCUUGUGCACGCUGGCGUCAAGACGACACCCGAUUUGAACCAUGUCAAGGGGUAUACUAGCCCAGAGGACAAUGUGAAGAGCAUGUUUGAGGACGUCCUCCCGCACAUGCUUGGGGAAAAUGCGGUCCUUGACAUUGUUGCUGUAGGUGAUACUUGCUCGGUGGUUGAGAAAUAUCUCGACGAAAAGGCAGCUUGGGAUACCUGGGGCAAGAAUAUCAGCUCCAUGGUUCUUGUUGAUACACUCCUCCAGGCUGAUCAACUUAUCAACCCCGAUUUCAAGGACUUUCUCGCCAAGCGCGCUCGAUGCUACCAGAUCUACUCAGAUAUUGUCGACUUGCCUUUGGCACCUCCGUCCGGCAAUCCGAGCCUCUUUAUUCCUGCCUUGGGUGUGCCUUGCUAUUCUUCCUCCGAACCAAACUACGCAGAGUGCAUUCUCAUCACGGCACUCGAGCCUAUUCUCGAUUACCUGCAGCGCAACGCCUUGGGUCCCACGUUGGAAAACGACCUGAUCCCCGUCCCUCUCAUGCCGCAAUUGGAAGGCGAAGAGGAAAUCCCGGAGACCCAGGAGCUAACGGAUGAGAACUGGGGGGAGGUGGCCGAAGGAGACAAGCCGGUUGUGGAGGUCUAUCAUGCGGAGCGGCUGGACCGGUACAGAAAGCAAGCCGAGAUGUGGGAGAGGUAUGCCGAAACAGGGCAGGCGAUUGACCCGACCCUGGAGGAUCUUGCAAGGGGCGAAGGGGCUUGA